GAUCCCGGAAUUACAAGGUAAAGUCACGGCCCUGAUUUCGCAACUGAUAGAUGAAAAUUUCAUCUUUAGGCCAUUUGUUGCUUAUAUCUUCUCUCUGCAAGCUUUGAUCAUGGUGAAAGACGGGAAAAGCUAUCUCAUAUUGAAUAAACAUCGCCGAAAUCAUGUCUUGACAAGUUUCGGUCCAGGAGUAACUUAUGCAUGCGAGAAUCUGGACUGGAGUCAGAGCCAAGUAGUUACCAUGUUCCAGGAUACAGAUUGGCUCAUGCUCAUGUCCGGGAAGCUUCUUCAAUUUGACGGCUUCGUUCCCCAGCCGACAACAGCGACUCCUACUUCUUUCACAGGCAGCGGCAAACCCAUUCCUGCACCCGCACAAAAAGCAGCUUGUCAGUGGACGCUAGGCGCCAAAAGACACGAAGGGUUUCGACAUAUCAAGGCCUCUAAUGGCGAUUAUCUUUACAUGGACACAGGAAAUGCACUGAAGACCUCUAGUGUUGAUCACGAUGACCGCGGUCUCUGGAAAUUUAUCCAUUUGCCGUCAUUAAAAGAAUUAACAGCAGAUGAUCCUUUAGAGAAGCUUGAUGGCAAGUCCGCGUCGGAAUGGAGAGAUAUAGCCAACUACAUCUUCCAGGAAGGACUGAAUUUCAUCGGGGGAACCCCUUUGUCGUCUUUGAGCAACCCUGCGCUACGCCAGAGUUGGGUGGACACCUGGAAGAAGAUGGGGCGUACUCGCGAUGUCUAUCCAGAUCCCAAGUCAUCAUUCUAGGAACUCUUAUAUUUGUCCUCACGACAGAGAUCCGGUCUCAACGGAACUGAGUUUGAUGUCAACAAUAGCCUGGUAUACUGCUGUCAUGGUUUGUAGCAGAGCACCAGAACGAAAGUCGUUAUCCCAACUAUAGCACAAUGGAUCGAGCUGAAUGGGUAUCCGAACUAGUCUCUGAAUCAAUCAAUGGCUCUGAAUAAAGGAAUAAA